AUGGGGGAGACCCCCUGCCCCCGGUGCCCCAUCUCCGGCCCCUGCUGCCUGGACGUUCAGGACACGGUCAUCCUCCUGGUGGCGCUCACCCUGCUGGUGCAGGUCGUCCUGAAGAUCGUGACGGUGAUCUGCCGCCAGCUCUGGAGGCUGCUCACGGGGCUCGGAGGCUUUUUUGUGCCCAAGGCACCCCCAUCCCCGCCGCCCGCCGCCACCAUCCGGAAGCCCCGCUGUCCGACGCACGACCCGAGCCCCAUCUCUCCCCGUGACCGGCGCUCCCCUCCCUGGGAUCUGCCCCUGCCUCGGCUCUGCCCCUGGGAACCCGUGCGGCUCACCGUGGACGUCAACCUGCACCGGGACCCGCCCCGGCACGACCGUGAGCCCCCCCGGGGCCUCCACGACGCACCUCGGCGCCGCCCCGAUGCUCUGGGGCCCUACCAUAACUGCACCUGCCCCCGGGCCGCGUCGGCCCCCUCUGCCCUGCCCCGCUACGCCAGCCGCCCCAAGCCGCGCCCGGCCACCAUCUCCCGCGGCACAGACGCCCGCCCGGUACCCGGGGUCCGGUUCCGCCCCACCAGCCGGGAGGAGCUGGUCCUGUCGGGGGCCGAAUCCCAGCACCAGCGGCCCACCAAGGUCUACAUCUACCCAGUCCACCCGGAGACGCCGCCUGGCAGCCGCGACCCAUCGCCCGGGCGCCGGGAGCUGCGCUGGAAGGAGAGCGCGGGGCCAGCAGGGGGCGCCAGGCAGAGCCGGGACCCGGCCACCGACACCACCGAGGAGGGGGCGGCGGAGAAGGAGGCGCUUCCCGGUGGCCGCGCCCGGUAUUUCAAAGUGCAGGAGCCCUCCAUGCGGGAUUGGGUCUACCGGCCCAUCAAGGAGCCCCAGUGGAACUGGAACCAAGUGGGCUAAAGUGGGGGGCCUGCUCUCCCCCCUGCCCCAGCUUGGAAAAUAAAGAGUAAAGCCAGGUAGCACUGGUGGGUGCCUGGCCCCAGCCCCCUGCUCUAACCACUCGACCCCACUCCCCUCCCGGAGCCGGGGAGAGAACCCAGGAGUCCUGGCUCCCAGCCCCCCCUGCUCUAACCC